CUCCGGAGUACAUUUUGAUUGGCUGAAGCAAUAAAUACGACACUUUGGUUGGCGGAUGAACCCUGUUGGAUUAUCCGACUCGCAAGACACUGCGGCGAUGUCGUUCCAGACAUUGUUGGCGACGGCCCUGAGCGAAGACGAGGAAGAUGUACCUAGCAGCGGAUCCAUGUACGAAGAUGGCUCGGAGUCAGAAGAGGCUUAUGAAGAUGAAGAAGUGGAAGACAAGCGAGCUUUCUCCCAGAAGCGCAAAGCGUCCACGGAAGACCUGGACAUGGAGAACGAGGACCACUCAGACCUUGAGCGUCAACUCUGGGGAAAGAAGCGUGGAAUUCCCCGACGUCGCGGUCGGCGGCGGCGCGUCACGAACCCCGUGCCUCCAGAGUACGCCGAGCUGAUGGGGGAGGCGAACGCCGCGUACAUUUCUGGCGACCACGCAAAAGCUAUCGCGAUGCUCAAGGAUUUCGUCAAGAAAGCGCCCACCGUGCCUGACCCGUACCAUACAUUGGGCGUGAUCUACGAGAAACUCCAGGAUCGCGCCAAAGCCAUCCAAUUCUUCUUGAUCGCCUGCUCGUUGACUCCCACGGACGCGGGUCUGUGGCGCCGCGUGGGUCGGAUGGCCAAGGACGAAUGCAAUUCCGACCAAGCGUUGUACUGCUACAAAAUGGCGACGCAAGCCGACCCCAAGGACGUGGACACGCUCUACACGUACGCCGACAUGUGCAAGGAGGGCGGCGACCACCGGCGCGCCGCGGAAGCGUUGAAGAAAGUGGCCAACUUGACCCCCACGGACCUCUCGGUGUGGCUCCAAGUGGCCGAGUGCUACCACGCCAACAGCCAGGACGACGACGCGAUCGACGCGCUGCUCACGUGCAUUCAAAACGCUGUCACACACCCCGACGACGCCUCUCAAUUCGAAUUGCACGCGGUCAACAUGGUGUCAGACUUGUACAUCACGUUGAAGCGGUACCAAGCCGCGAUCCACGCCAUCGAAGCCAUGCACGAGCGGAGCCACCCGAACACGCCGCUGGACGAGGACAGUCUGCCGCUGGACAUUGCCGUCAAGUUCGGCAUCUGCCACCUCCACCUCGGCCACCUCGCCACGGCGCAGCCCAUGUUUGAUGCACUGUUCCACCACGAAGUGGACGUGUACGGCGACCUGUACAUUGACGUGGCGGAAGCGUUUAUCGAGGCCGGUCAAGUCCAUGAUCGCACCGCCAUCGACAUAUUGCAAAACGUGUUGCUGUGCCCGACGUUUGCCAACGACAAAGUAUAUGCGAUGAUGGCGCGCGCAUACCAUCGCCAGGGGGUACUGGACACGGCGCUGCAGUUUUACGACCAAGCGCUCACGUACCAAUCAGGCGGUGCCGACGGCAGCCGCCCCGACCCAGAGUUGGUAUGGCAAGCCAUGUGCAUUUGCCGCGACACGGGCGCGACCGCGCGGGGACUGGGGUUCUUUGGGUUUGUCCACGACGCCGUGCUGCUGCCACCGAUCCGACCGUACUGGGCGGCGGCCCCCACAACGACGACCAGUUCGAAAGCGGACGACGACCAGGACCAGGAUGUCCCCACCGACGACGACGACGACGACGACGAUGACGACGAAGGAGGAGAAGAAGAAGACAGCACAGCCGUGGACGAAAUUGGGUUUUCCGAACACGCGAUGGAGAAUGGAAUUCGCCUCAAACUGUUUUUAUUGUACGGUCGAAUGCAGUGGCAGAGCGGUGAACCAAACACAAUGGUCAAGAUUGCGUUGCCCCUCGUGCUGCUGUCGUUGCAGCAAACGAUGCGACUGCUGGGCCGCAAGUCGCUUCUCCGACGGAUGCAUAAAUAUUACGACAGCAAGUCGCUCGAUGCGCGCGACUUGGACCGGUUCAACAUUACGCAUUCGCAUGUGCUGACUGCGAUGAAGGAAUCGUAUCUGGUCAACCCGACCGACCCCACGACGCGGAACUCGCUGGUCAGCGUCGUCAUGCGGGUGACGGAGCAGGUGCUCGUGGUCCACGCGCUCUCCCCCGACGAGUACGUGGGUAUGGUGCGUGACGUGGCAAAAGCCCUGUGCGACGUUGGCAAACACAUUUGCGCCGUGGAGCUGCUCAUCGAUGUCAACUGCAGCAAUAAAAUCGCCGACUCGCAAUUGAGAUUUGAGCUCCGGUUCUUGGCGCUGACGAUUUCGCUGACGCACAAGGAGAAUCGCAUGGCGUAUGAGUGUGUGCGCCUCAACAUUCUCGAAGAGCCGAUGAACGUCGGGUACUGGAACCUCUUUGGCCACGUAAUCAACCAGACGGGCGUGUUUUCGUGGCACCAGAAGUUCCUCGCCAAGAUUUUGCGGCAGUACCCCAAGUGCUACCCUGCGAUGGUCCUUGCGGGGCUCCAUUCGUCGGCCAGCGAUUCGGCGCAGUUGGCCGUGGGCGAACUCACACUCGCGCACUUGCAGCGCCCAGAAGACCCCCUCGCGCUCUUUUGCAUUGGGCUCAGCUACCUUAACAUGUCCAUGUUCCGAACGGUAGUGGACCGCCAAAUGACCGUCGCCAAGGCGUUUGCGUUCUUCCAAUUGUACCAACAGACGCGUUUCAAACAGUUGGAAGCGAACGCCGUCGGAUUGACGUCCGACUUGGGCCAGGUCGAGAGCUGGUACAACAUUGGGCGCGCCUACCACCAACUGGAACUGAACCAUUUGGCGAUUGCCAUGUACGAGCGCGUGUUGCGGUAUUACGAAGGCAAGGACGUCGCGCCAGAGUUCCAGCUGUGCCGAGAAACCGCGUACAAUUUGUCGUUGAUUUACAAGCAAAGCGGCGCCACGGACCUUGCCAGCUACCUCCUGCACACGUACUUGACGGUCGAAUAAACUAGUCGAGUUGAUGCAAAUUGAACGUCAAAUACUACGCACAAUUUGGUUGGGGGGCAAUCAAUACGCCAUGAUGAGUUCACGAAUGACUAACUGGUGUUCUACACGAACGAACGAACGGACGGACGACGAGCUCAAGGUUCUACAGGAACAAACUUCUUGAACUAGGGUACAUGGUGAAUGAUCAACCUGUAGAACAAUCACCUUAGUAUUGGCGCUGUAGUGUCUUAUGCAAGAGUUACAGGCUACUGAGUAGCGCACGUUGUACCGCAAACUUGUGGUGCUUGGGAUGAUACCUCAAUACACUAGGGUAACUUCGUAAAACCGAUACCUCCUAAAACCGAUACCUCCA